AUGUGUGGUCAGCCAUGCACGACAAUAAAAUUAUCCUCAUCCAUGAAGCCAGAUGUUGAAGUCUUCUUUACUGAUCCUGGCGUUCUGCUCAGAAAACACCAGAAACAAGUGCUACAGGUCAUGGACUUUCAAAAGAACCACCGUGAACGUCUCACCACACACAACAUGGAAGAGUUGGUGAAGCAUAACUCGCUGUGGACCAAAGCACAAGAAAUCGAAAAGAAGGCUCAAGAACAGGAAAGGGAGAACCAGAUUCUGAAAAAACUUAUCAACCAGAAGGGUGCGGCUCCAAAUACACCUGGUCGUAUGAGCAGUCGAUCUUCUCCAAAUAUGUCUCCUCGUGAAGGAUCCCGUAAAUCACCGUAUUCUAGUCUGCAGGAAAAUGCUGGUCACACACUAUGCCAUUCGCGGAAGUCUCCAUACUUUGAUAAUGCAGGCCAUACACCUAGUAUGUCAAGUCAGGGAGUGGGCAACACUACCCCUUCCCUGAUGGCUUCAAGGUUGUCUGUUCGUGGCCCGCCUCAGCAUGGUCGAAUUGGGAACAUAACCGGGAGAAUGGAAUCUCCAUCAGAUUGCAGCCCAUCAAGUCAAUAUGGAAGAGCUUCUUCUGCUAUGAACAUUAGUCCUGCACCGUCAUCGUACCAACAAUCAAUACAUGCAGGUUCUCGGAGUGCCCCGCUUCCACCAACUCAUUCUUCGUACAGGAGUAACACUCCAUCACUGGCCUCCCAUUCCCCAAGCUCUCAAUCCAGUCGGACAUGUAGGAAGACUCCAUCUCAACCACAGAUUCAGUUACCCUAUUCAUACAGUGCCAUUCCGAGAAAGGCGGUGCAUACUACCCCAACUUCAAGACAUUAG